CCAGGCUUGAUGACUCCACUAUGAUCGACGGCCCAGCGCCAAUCGUCCGCUUAUCCACCCGUCUUGGUAUGGUACCACUCGUAUCGGAGCGUAUCUACGCCGUAUCUAGUGGUAUCCGCCCCGUCAUCGCCCGCUUGCAUCAUGCCUUCUCCGCCUUCCCUUCGCCCUUAGAUAAGGACCAUGGUCCAGUGACUCUGCACCUCCUCAUCUCUCUCCUCAUCUCCUCCUCCUCCUUCUCCCUUCCCCCCAUCCCAACGCUUCCCAAUAGCCUCUUCGACAUCAACCUCCCCAUCGCUUACCUGCCCUAUCCUUUUAUCCCUCCUUUUUAUUGAUUCCCUAUCCUUUAUUGUCAUCGUCCAAACCCAACCGUCAUCAUGAAAGGCUUCCUCGGCCUCACACUGCUCCCGCUGCUGGCAGCUGCGUCUCCCACCUGGACGGGAUCUAUCCACAAUGGGGCAGCUCCCAUCCUGUCCUCCACGAGUGCCAAGGAGAUUCCGGACGCAUAUAUCGUCGUGUUUAAGCAGCAUGUCGGUGCUUCGGCCGCGGCCGCUCAUCACAGCUGGGUGCAGGACAUCCACACCGACAAUGUCCGUAUGGAGCUGAAGAAGCGCUCUCUCUUCGGCUUUGAUUCCGAUCCCUACUUGGGUCUGAAGCAUACCUUCCACGUGGCUGGCUCGUUGAUGGGUUAUGCUGGCCACUUCCACGAAGAUGUCAUCGAGCAGGUCCGCCGGCAUCCGGAUGUCGAGUAUAUUGAGAAGGACUCGGAGGUCCACCACUUCGAGGACCCAGCCAUUGAGAAGAACGCUCCAUGGGGUCUGGCACGUAUCUCUCACCGUGACAGCCUCUCCUUCGGUAGCUUCAACAAGUACCUGUAUGCCGAGGAUGGCGGUGAGGGUGUGGAUGCCUACGUGAUUGACACUGGUACCAACGUUAACCACGUUGACUUUGAGGGCCGUGCCAACUGGGGCAAGACUAUCCCCCAGGGUGACCAGGAUGAGGAUGGUAACGGUCACGGCACUCACUGCUCUGGCACCAUCGCCGGUAAGAAGUACGGUGUGGCCAAGAAGGCCAACGUCUACGCUGUCAAGGUCCUUCGCUCUAACGGCUCUGGUACCAUGUCGGAUGUCGUCAAGGGUGUUGAAUGGGCCGCCGAGGCUCACAUCAAGAAGGCCAAGGAUGCCAAGGACGGCAAGGUCAAGGGCUUCAAGGGUAGCGUUGCCAACAUGUCCCUGGGUGGUGGUAGCUCGCGUACUCUUGACCUCGCUGUGAACGCUGCAGUUGAUGCUGGUAUUCACUUCGCCGUCGCUGCCGGUAACGACAACGCUGAUGCUUGCAACUACUCCCCCGCUGCCGCUGAGAAGGCCGUCACCGUCGGUGCAUCCACCCUGGCUGAUGAGCGUGCCUACUUCUCCAACUACGGCAAGUGCACUGAUAUUUUCGCCCCCGGCUUGAACAUUCUCUCCACCUGGAUCGGCAGCAAGUAUGCCGUCAACACCAUCUCCGGAACUUCCAUGGCCUCUCCCCACAUUGCCGGACUUUUGGCCUACUACGUCUCUCUCCAGCCUUCGGCCGACUCUGCAUUCGCUGUUGAGGAGAUCACUCCCAAGAAGCUCAAGAACGCUCUGAUCACCGUCGCUACCUCUGGCGCUCUCACUGACAUUCCCUCCGACACUCCUAACCUCCUCGCUUGGAACGGUGGUGGUUCCUCCAACUACACCGAAAUCCUCGCCAAGGGUGGUUACAAGGCCGCUUCCACCGUCUCCGUCAAGGACCGCCUGGACGAGAUCGUCGGCCAGGUUGAGGAAGUUCUGGCCAAGGAGCAGAAGGUCCUGAGCCAUGAGCUCGGUGCCAUCUACAGCGAGCUCAAGGACGCUGUGAGCGCUUAGAGUAUACACAUGAUCGAGAUCUGUCUGUGACAGGCCGGUUCUUAUGGGCAUUUUUGGAUGGAUGGAUUAACACUGGCGCAGAUCAUUUGGUUAUUUUGGCUUUGACUUAUUGUCAUUUAUCGCCUUGUCUCUUUUUUUUGGGUGUUCCAUCCAACGCAUUCGGGUUUUUGGUUCCCACAGAUUGUCACUUGCUCUCUGGUUACACUCUCUACUUUCCAUUUUUAUUGCUGCUCGUAGUAUAUUGUUUGGUUUACAACUAUACAUUUGAAUCAUGAUCUAGAGUCUAUCUAGGGAUCAUUCAUCCACUGGCCGUGGCUAUUCUUCGCAAGU